AUGACCAAUAAUUUAUUCUUAGGAUUACCAAACAACAAUUACUUCAUUACAAUUCCUUUUUGCAGUUCCAAGAACAACCAUUUUCCUACACACAGUAAGAGGCACCAGCCAUCUUCUUCUGGAAUUGUACCAUUUUCAUCUCCCAUUUCUUCGUCGAUUCGGUGCUCCUUUUCUCUCCCCGAUAUGGAUACUCCGUCAAGUCAAGGCUUGUACCCAUUACGCCACUGUAAAACUAUUCACUUGGUAAGACAUGCUCAGGGAAUCCACAACGUUGCUGGAGAAUUAGACCAUAGUGCGUACUUGUCUCCUGAUCUUUUUGAUGCGUGCCUUACUCCUCUUGGGUGGCAACAGGUGGACAAUCUCCGAAAGCAUGUUCAUUCAUCUGGUCUUUCAAAGAGGAUUGAAUUAGUUGUUGUUUCCCCUUUGUUAAGGACAAUGCAGACAGCUGUUGGAGUAUUUGGGGGAGAAGGUUAUAUGGAUGGAAUUGAUGUAGCUCCAUUAAUGGUGGAAAAUGCAGGGACGAGUAGCCGUCCAGCAAUUUCAAGUUUAAACUCCCCUCCGUUUGUAGCAGUGGAACUUUGUCGAGAACAUUUCGGAAUUCAUUGGUGUGAUAAGAGAAGAAGCAUAGCUGAUUACAGGAAACUUUUCCCUGCAAUCGAUUUUUCAUUGGCAAAAAAUGAUGAUGACAUUCUGUGGAAGUCAGAUGUCAGAGAGGCGAACGAAGAAGUUGCUGCCAGGGGUGUGAAGUUUUUGAACUGGCUGUGGACACGGAAGGAGAAAGAAAUAGCAGUCGUUACUCAUAGUGGAUUUCUAAUCCAUACUCUCGGUGCAUUUGGAAAUGAUUGUCAUCCAACUGUGAAGAGUGAAAUAUGCAGACCGUUUAAUAAUUGUGAACUUCGAUCUGUGGUUACUGUUGACAGAAGUAUGAUUGGUUCAACAGAUACGUUUGAUCAUCGUGGAAAUAUUCCUUGCGGGCAUGAUGUCCCUAGUGAUAAUGGCAAUGAGGAAAUUCCUAAUACUUUCUCCAAAUGA